GUGUCGCCUCGAGGACGUCUGCCGGUCCGAGGGCUCGAAAUUCCUGGACCUGGCGCAUAUGAAAACAGAUAUCUGGGAAGUCCGCUGUCGCCAUGGGACAUGUUCCUGCAAGUCGGCAGACACCGGCAAACAAGCCUCCACCGACAGGCGUGUGGCACGUCAAGCACCUUUCUGGGAAGUUCGGCUCAGCAAGCCGUUCCUCUGGUUUACGGGAAGCGAUGCCCCGCCCUGCUUGGAGCGAGCCCUGGCAUCGCGGCCGCUGCGGUGCGAACGGUGGUGCGUCGCGGGCGGCGGAAAUGGAAGGAGAAGCUUCGACGAUUCUGGCCAGGGACGCCCAAAGUAACGGCUGCCCGUACAGUGGAUGCCAAGCUACGUCAAUUGGAAGAUGCUCGCGCAAGUGCUGAUGAGAGCAAGCUGAGAGAAGCGUUGGAAGCUGCACGCCGGGACACUGAUCCCGAGCGAUCUGAGCGGGCGGAGGGCGCAGAUGCCCUGGUGGAGAGCCUGGCGCAGACGGAAGUCGCCUUGAACUGCAUUCUGGUGGACCGUGCGCUGAAGAAUCUGAAAGAGGUCAUGGGAAGCGGGGAUGAAGCACAGCUACGAGAUGCAAUCCAGGCGGCGCGGGAUGUGGAGCUUCCACUUUCUCAGCUGGAAAAGGCAGAGAAAGCCUUGACCGAAAUGGUUCAAGAGCGAGAGCUCAAGGUGCUGCGAAGCGCCACAGUCGGAGACGAUGAGACCCAGCUCCGGAAUGCGAUUAAAGAGGCCCGUCUAGCCGGUCUGGCCGAUCUUCCAACCGACGACGUCGACAAAGCUCAGGAUGCACUGAACGAGCUAAUUCUGGCUCGCGAACGCAAAGCCUUGAGUGAUGCUAUGGAGACUGGGGACGAGAUACAGCUGCGGGGUGCGAUAAGCGACGCCAGUAAGGCCGACGUGCCCGUGGAGGAGGUGGAGGAAGCGCAGAAGUUCUUGCAGAGGCUCACCCUCCGGAGGCGAGUGGACUUUCUGGAGAAGGCCAUCGGCAGCCGAGACGAGGGCCAGCUGCGUGAGGCCAUCGCGGCGGCACGGAAGGUUUCGCUCCCGGAAAAAAACGGCUCGGAGGUAGCACGGGCCAAUUCUAUCCUCGGACAAGCGCAGGCCACCCUGAAGGACAUCUUCCUGGAGAAGGAGCUGAAACAGCUCCAGGAUGCUGUGACCAGUGGCGAUGAGGACCAACUACGCGAGGCUUUGACCCAGGCAAGGGCACUGGACCUGCCGGAGGAGGAAUGCUCCCGUGCGCAAGAGCAGUUGAACAGCCUCGUUCUCGCUCGGAAGCUGAAACGCCUGAGAAAUGCGGCCGGCAGUGAUGACGAGGGCCAGCUGCGGGCGGCGAUCACGGAGGCGCGCAAAGAUGGCCUCCCUGCAGAGGAGCUGGAAAGGGCGAACGAUGCACUCUCUGCUUUGGUGCGGCAGCGGGACGUGACGGAGCUCCGAGAGGCUGCAGCCAGCGGAGAUGAAGAGCUUCUACGGGAGGCCAUCUUGGAGGCUAAGCAGCUGGAGCUGCCCACCGAGGAGGUCGACACGGCCCAAGCUGCUCUUACUGUUCUGGUGCAGCGACGCUCUGAGCGAGAACUGGAACAGGCAAUGGCCGCCGACGAGUCCGAGCUCAAAGCCGCCAUUGCCGAGGCGCGCAAGGCGGGCCUCUCCGAGGAAGUGAUCGAGAAGGCAAAGGAGACGUUGCGCCAGAAGGCCCGUGCCAGGAUCUCCAAGUACUUGCAGGAUGCGACGGACUUGCAGGAGGAGGAACAACUAAGGGAUGCUUUGACAGAGGCUAGAAAGGCAGAUGUAGCUGCUGAGGAUUUAGAGGUGGCACAGGCUGCUUUGACAAAGCUGGUUUCCGAUCGGCUGGUGGCAGACCUUCGCAUUGCCACUCAAGGCAACGAGACAGAGCUUCGUGAGGCGAUUCGCGAAGCAAGGCGCCAGGAACUGCCAUCUGUGGAAAUCGACAAAGCUCAAGAUGCCCUGGCCGAGAUGGUCGCGACCAAGAAGUUAGCCUGGCUCCGACGAAAGCUCGAAACCAUGGUGGAUUGCGAGGAUGAAGACGAGGUCCGAGAGGUGUUGAAAGAGGCACGCGCUGCGCAAAUCGGUGGCGAGGAACUCGAGAAAGCCCGGGACCGUCUCACGGACCUCGUGAUGAUCCGCGAACUAAUGGAAUCCUAUACUAGGUUGUCUCUACGCACGGUCAUCGAAGAGGCCGAGCUCCGUCAGCUAGAGCAUCCAGCCUUGGAUGUUGCCAGGAGCAAGCUCUCGGCCAUCAACCGUUUGAAGGAGGCCGAGCAGUCGCGAAUCCCGCAAGUGAUCGAAGCUGCCCUGGCGCAUGGCAAGAGCCUCCGCAUUGAUCCGGACGUCAUCAGCAGUGCCGAAGGCGUUUUGGAAAGGGAACUGGGCAUACAACGAUUCGGGCUCAAGCACGACAAGGUCAUUCAAGAGAGAGGCGGACAAGCGUUGCCAAUACCGGUUCAAGAACGCUUUCGGAGUACCGAUCUCUUCUUGACACUGUUGCAAGUUGUGUCCAGCAGGACUUUGCAGCAGGUUGCGAUGCCCGUCGCCGUCUGCACGAUCUGGGCUGCAUGCUGCGCUGCCAUUUCUUCAUGGCGUCACUCGCUUCCAGAAUCAGCCUGGAGGCUCAACCAGUUCUUGGUGACUCCACUCGGCUUGCUGCUGACAUUUCGUACGCAGCAGUCCAUAGCGAGAUUCAACGAAGCAGUGACGAACUGGGGCAAGAUCUCCAGCCUUUGCAGAAGUCUGUCACGGACGCUGUUCUACCAUGAUGAGCGGGUACCACGAGAUAUUCACCGCCGGCUUGCGCAAGACAUAUGCUUGUUCCCCGAAGUUCUGCGUGAGCACCUGGAGAACCGGCGCACCAAGCUCCUUAACAUCACUCGCGACGAUGUCAAUAAACCAUUGGCUUUGUUGGACCGGGUGCACUCUCGCAUCUCCGGCUUGCUCCUGCUUGAGCUAUCUGAGAGGAGCCAGCUUCUCAGAUUGGUGGAGCAGCUCUCCGACCUGGUCAGUCCUUGCGAAAGCGUCGUGCAGACACCCGUGCCACAAAGCUACGUCAGGCACACUGGCCGCUUUCUGGCUGUUUGGCUGCUCACCUUGCCUCUGGCACUGGCUCCAGAGACAGGUUGGCUCACGGUGCUUAUUGAGCUCAUCGCAUCUUGGGGCUUGCUGGGUAUACAGGAGAUUGGACUUCGUCUGGAGGAUCCGUUCAACGGUCAGGUCACGAUGCAGGUUUCCAUCACCACCGUGGCCAAGGAAGUACGGCAGAGAUAUGUCUUGGUGGUAGAAGAACUACUCCGAGCACAUGCAAGUGACCAGCUGGAAGAUGUGUGUCAGCGUUGGUCUCAUCGAUUUGACUCGCGAUUCUUUCGGAUUCUCCGCGAUGAGCAGCGUUUGGCGGUAGAAGAGAGCCGGCGAACAUCGCUAGCAGCUGUUCUGGAUUCUGUCAAAGAGUGGCGGGAAAAUUCGCGUCCGACUACUCAGAAGCAGUGGCCGUUCGGCUGCUCCACAGCCACGGGCCGUUUCGAGGCUCCGGAGUCUACUCCGGGGCCCGGGGACUACGAGUCGAAACCUGGCUCCAUGCCCAACCAAAUGCAUGCUUCUGAGAGGUUGUUGAAGGAUCUCGGACAGAUCUCCUUUGACCGUAGAAAUGCGAUGGCUGCUGAUCUCGACCCAUGGAGUGCUUUAGACGACGAGAGAGACUCCGUCGGGGAAGAGGAACUCGAUGAUGACACUGGCGAGGUAGAGGUGACGGUGCAAGAGGAGGACAUCGACUUUUCAAAGGCAACCAGCGGCGACCCUGCUCCGUGGGCUGCUCUCGACGAGGAGGAGGAGUCCGUCGGGGAGGAGGAGUGGAAGCUCGAAUCUCACGACGAUGAUGUAGAGGUGUUGGUUGAAGAUGACGAGUUCCUGGAAGACGAACUUCCAGAGCUGCAGGAGGAGUUCGAAGAGCUGAGGGAUCUAAAAGAGAUCGGAGAGCCAAACGGAGAACCCCAGGGCGAGAGCGAGGAGGAAGAGGUGGUGCCCGGUCGGGAAGACGAUCUGAAGUUGUCAGAUGUUCCCGAAGACAUGCGGGAAGCAGUUCAAGGCAGUUUGAGCUUGAAGCGGGUCCUGGAAAAGAAGUACGGCAGCCUUCCGUCAGAGGAGCCCGACGCAAAGAGGCGGCGAGAGGAACCGCCCUUGGAGGGGCCACGGCAGGAGCUGAUAGACCGCUGGAAGCUCCACUGGGACCCAGCACUGAGGUACGUCAUGCAGACCGCCGAGAUUGCGGAUGUCGAAGCCGUUGCCAAGACCUCUUGGAAGCCCAUGGCAAAUCCUCCUCGAGUCAAUGGCCGUGACCCGAAGUCCUUUGCCGAGCAGGUGAAUGAGAAGUUCCUCCUUGCAAGGGAGGACAAGCUGUGCUCCAAAGAGGCUGUGAGCGUUUUGGAAGCCUGGAACCGGAGGUGGGGCCUCCAAGCCGAAGAUGUGUCGCGCCUGCGGUCGGCAAGCCACAAGAGCCUCAGAUAUGUGAUGCAGGAGUACGACGGCAAGCGGCCGAUCCUGGAACUGCUGGACGAAGCGGCAGCCCAGGUGGUCGAGGAAAGCGAAAAGACGGAGGAUGCCCUGCCCGAUAAUCCUGGGCUCUUUACGCUCAGCAGGUUCAACCGAUUGGAGCUGAUCGACUCCAUGGCAGAUGCGCUGGUCCUCGGCGAUGCCAACCUUACCUUCUCUGCCUUGCUCGCGGAGCACCGGGAAGGCCUCGGGCACGUUGGGCGCGUGGUUGCCACCACGUUUGAGACCAUCGAAAUCCUGCGAGAGCGAUAUUCGGAGAUCGAUCAGACAGUGAAGGCCCUGGAAGACAAGAUGUCUGAGGUGCUUCACAAUGUGGAUGCCACGAGGCUCGCAGUGGAUCCUCGCUUUCAGGGCAUGGAGAAAAAGUUCGGGGCCGUGUAUUACAAUUUUCCACAUGCAGGUGCCAUACAAGGUUUUUUUGACGGUCAUCCGUUCGUCCGCUGGCGCCAUGAAAACCUCAUGCAUUUGUUCUUCCGGGCUUUGCGGGGCUUCGUGCAAAAAGGUGGAGUUGUCAAGGUGGCCUCGAACUGCAACGCGACGGGCGUGCGAUAUUCCGACAUUGUCUUGGGAGCGCAGAACAGCGAGUUCAUCCACGUGGAGACCUUUCCAUUCCUGGAGUGGCAGCUCAGAAACUAUCGCCGUUCCUACGGCGAUCGUCGCGACAAGGGACGGCGACCCGAUGACGGCGAGAUCUACCGGGCCCAGAGGGCUCAGAGAGACAUGGUUUACUGUUUCCGUUACGAGCCUUCGGGAGACAACCCACCAAAGCCAACUGUCCGGGAGCCGCCGUCGAGAGCGCAGCUCAUGGCUGCCAGAGAAGGCAAGCUUCAGAGGAUGAGUGGAAAGGAUCGCGAACGGCGAGUUCAGGAGAUCGGCGAUCUUUUCAAAGCGUAUGCGGCAGGAGUUCACGUAGGUUGA